GACUCCAAUCAUUCUUGACGGGAGUGAUGACAAAGGCCACGAGGGACCGGAUGGCAAAGCAGAAAUGAGAGAUCUGACACGAGACUUCAUGGAAACCAAUCCUAGUGUUGUGAACGGCCACCAAGUCUUUGAAGGAGACAUGGUCUUGACGGAGAGCCAGUGGCGAGCGGUCAGGGAGAGGAAGGCCCUUGCAGACCUCUCAGCGCGCUGGCCUGAACAGGGCGGCUUCCCCACCGUGCCCUACUACCUCGACACUACCGACUCCGCCACUGUGGCUGCCAUAAAUGCAGCGAUUGCUCACUGGGAGCAAAACACCUGCAUCAGAUUCCAGCUCACGUCCAACCUCGUUCAACCACACGUCAGGUUUUUUGAAGGGUCUGGAUGCUGGUCGUAUGUCGGCAUGCUGGGCCAGAAUGGACAAGACAUUUCCAUUGGAAGUGGCUGCAAAGAACUCGGCAUUGUCGCCCAUGAGAUCGGACACGCCAUUGGGUUCGUGCACGAGCAGAGUCGCCCCGACCGUGACGACUAUGUGGUCAUCAAUGAUGGCAACAUUCAAACUGGCAAGGAAAACAACUUCAAUAAGCACAGCACGUCAGUGGUCAACACCUACGGCAUACCAUACGACUACUCAUCCGACAUGCACUACGGCUCUACGGGCUUCACCAACAACGGCAAGACGACCAUCGCCACCCUAUAUCCCUUGGCGCAGGAGCUCAUCGGCCAGCGCACGGGACUCUCUCACAGGGACAUACUAUUGGCCAACACCAUGUACGGCUGCAUCAAUAAGUGGCUUGCUGCUUGCGGAGUGAUCGCCGACCCCUGCCAGAACGGCGGGUUUUAUGGAAAAGGCUGCGCUUGUGUGUGUCCCUCGGGCACCUCAGGGGCCAACUGUCAGACAGUGACAGGAGACUACUACGACGAGUUGACGAAUCCCUGCACUGAGAAAGUAACUCAGGAAGGCCUCCUCACCUCGCCGGGCUAUCCAAGCAACUACCCAAACAUCCAGUGCGUCAAGUGGAUUGUAGCUCCCGUGUGCCACGUGCCGCGAGUGACCUUCUCAGACUUUAACCUGUACGGAAAGAAUCCCUACUGCGGCUCGACUACAGAGACAUGCUGCUACUUUGAUGGCCUGGAGAUCAGAACCGACAACUUGUACAACGGUGCGGUGUAUUGUGGCACGGACAUCACUGCAGGCCAGACCUUCACCGGAACCGGUCAAGAGAUGAUUUUAUACUUCAGGGCGAUAAGUAAUAAUCUUCGCAGGGGAUGGUCUGCCCAACUCACCUUUGUGCCGCAACCGGGAUGCACAACCACCACUACAGAAACCUCCACCACCACCACAGCAACAACAACCACCACUACAGAACCCACCACCACCACUACAGAACCCACCACCACCACCACAGAACCCACCACCACCACCACCACCACAGCAACAACCACCACUACAGAACCCACCACCACCACUACAGAACCCACCACCACCACCACCACAGCAACAACCACCACUACAGAACCCACCACCACCACUACAGAACCCACCACCACCACCACAGAACCCACCACCACCACAACAGCAACAACCACCACUACAGAACCCACCACCACCACUACAGAACCCACCACCACCACUACAGAACCCACCACCACCAUUACAGAACCCACCACCACCACUACAGAACCCACCACCACCACUACAGAACCCACCACCACCACUACAGAACCCACCACAAGAAAGCCGAGUUAG